AAUAUAUUCCUGUCUUCACCUUAAUAAUACAGGAUGUCUUGGCAGCCUUACGUAGACGAAACUCUCAAAGGAACUGACAAAGACGACUCAUACAUUGCGGGGAUUUUUGGUCUAGAUGGAAAACCAUUGGCUGUACAUCCGUCCACAUUUUCUCCCUCUGAAAAUGACGUCAAGGCUCUAGCUGAAGUCAUUGACGGUAAUGACAGAGAAACUGUGCAAGUAAAUGGAUGCAUGUUUCAGCAAUGGAAGUAUGCUAUCGUUAGAAGUGAGGGCAAUAUGGUCAGUCUACAGAGAAAACGAACGACUGAAAACGAACAACUCUCAGCAGGAGACAAAUGGCCUCUAUGUAUAUACAAGACAAAAUCUGUCAUUAUAAUUCGGAUUUCCAAACUCGGAGUUGAAGCUGGCAGAGACAAUACCGGGAAAGUUGGUGGUGUCGGAGAUUACCUUAACGCUCAUUAGAUCAUAGAAUUUGAUUAAAAUAAUCAUUUAAGUUUUUGAAGCCUAAUACGUAUAUUCUAGAAUCUUAUAACAAUAAUAUUUUUAUGACUCUACCAUGUUAAAUGAAAUUCAUCAAAAGACCUAUUUGGGAUCAUCCUAGAACAUUGUUCCUUGGUCGUUUCUUUUCUACAAUUUAAGACACUACAAUUAGGAAGUUGUAAAAACACCAUUAUAGGAGUGUUAAUCGGGUUAUGUCUUGUAUUCACUUACACCUUCUCAUGGCAGAUGUAACAUUACACAAAGUAUGCUAUUUUAUAUUCAUAA